AUGAAGCCGGGGCCGCCGCACCGCGGGCCGGGCGCGGGGACCGGGACGGGGACGGGCGCCGCGCCCGGGGCCCGCGGGCUGCUCCUGCCCCCGCUGCUGCUGCUGCUGCUGGCGGGCCGCGCCGCGGGGGCCCAGCGCUGGCGCAGCGAGAACUUCGAGAGGCCUGUGGAUCUGGAGGGCUCCGGAGAUGACGACUCCUUUCCUGACGACGAGUUGGAUGAUCUCUUCUCGGGGUCGGGCUCAGGCUACUUCGAACAGGAGUCAGGUCUCGAGACAGCCAUGCGAUUUGUCCCCGAUGUGGCCCUGGCUACACCGACUACACCCGCUGUAUUGCCCACCACGGAUAUCCAGCCCGUUGGCACCCCAUUUGAAGAGCUCCCCUCUGAACACCCUAGCCCAGAACCCGUCACCAGUCCCCCAUUGGUCACAGAGGUGACAGAGGUCCUGGAAGAGCCCAGCCAGGGAGCCACCACCGUCUCUACCACCGUAGCCACCACCGCAGCCACCACCACAGGGGCCCCAACCGUGGCCACAGCCCCUGCCAUAGCAGCCACCACUGAGCCUAGCACCCCUGCAGCACCCCCCGCCACGGCCACCACCGCCGUCGUAAGGACCACUGGCAUACGGAGACUACUGCCUCUUCCGCUGACCACGGCUGCCACAGCCCGGGCUACCACCCCGGCGGCAUCCUCACCACCCACCACUGUGGCUGCCUUGGACACGGAGGUUCCGACACCUAGGCUGGUCAACACAGCUACCUCGCGGCCAAGAGCCCUUCCUCAGCCAGCCACCACCCAGGAGCCAGAGGUUCCAGAGAGGAGUACUCUGCCACUGGGGACCACUGCCCCCGGGCCCACGGAGGUGGCUCAGACCCCGACUCCAGAAUCCUUCCUGACCACGACCCAGGAUGAACCAGAGGUACCCGUGAGUGGGGGGCCCAGCGGGGACUUUGAGCUGCCAGAAGAAACUACACAGCCAGACACAGCCAAUGAAGUGGUGGCUGUGGGAGGACCCGCUGCCAAGCCCUCGCCUCCCCCUGGGACACUGCCCAAGGGCGCCCGCCCAGGCCCUGGCCUCCUGGACAAUGCCAUCGACUCAGGCAGCUCGGCUGCCCAGCUUCCUCAGAAAAGCAUCCUGGAGCGGAAGGAGGUGCUCGUAGCUGUGAUUGUGGGCGGGGUGGUGGGCGCCCUCUUCGCUGCCUUCUUGGUCACACUGCUCAUCUACCGCAUGAAGAAGAAGGACGAGGGCAGCUAUACUCUGGAGGAGCCCAAGCAGGCGAGUGUCACGUACCAGAAGCCGGACAAGCAGGAGGAGUUCUAUGCCUAGCAGAGCCUCAGUGCCUGCUGCAGCCUCAACACUGCCCCGCCCAGUCCCCCGGCUGCCCCAUAGCUCAGGCCUGGGACUGACCCUGGCCCAAGUUCCUCUCUGCCCUCCCUUUCAAAGCCUGCCCAGGCUGCCAGCGUCACCACGUGGAUCAUCCCCGAAAAAGAGGGGUGCUGCAUCUGCCCCAGACUGUGCCCUUAUGAGCUCAUCUCUUGUCCCCUCUACUCUCCUCCCCAACACCAGCCUGGGACUUCAGGACCUUGUGUCCCGCAGACAGGAGAAGGGACAUUCCUGUUUAGCUGGUGGUAGCAGGGACAGGGUUGAGGCUGAGGCAGCCCACAGCACUGGCUGACUUCCCUUCCCUGUUACAGAGGCCAUCAGACUGGCUUCCAGGACAGACACAUGGCAUGCCCAGUGCCCUAAAUCAUUCAACUACUGCAAUCUCACACUCCUGUCCUAGGAACUCUCUCUGCCUGGGUUGGAGGUGUCCUUUGUCACCAGCUCGAGCUUGUUGUGGGAUCAUUGUUCCCCUUUCCCCUGCCUGAUGUACAUGCCCCUUGGUCAUCCUUUUUCAGGAUUUUCCCCCUGAGAAAGGGCUUCCUCAGUGCACAGGGCAGCUAUGGUAGUCACUGUAGUGGCCCUUCUGAGAGGGGACACCACAUAGGCACCAUCAUCCACCGCUACACUUGUCAUGUACUCACACACAAGACAAAACCAUUCCCAGUCCUGAGUGCCCAGCCAAUAGAGAUCAUCGUAGUCACGCCCCCCCUUCACUCAUUGCUGAGACAUUUCUAGCACUUCUGCCAUUCCAGCCACUAGUCAUUGUCACCUGGUGGUGAACAUGUAGCCUUCCCUCUUUCUCCCUCUGUCCCCUGACACACACAUACUUUGGCCCUGCACACGACACCUCCAACAGUCAGUGUCACUGGGGAAGGCAGAAUCAAGCUGGAGUCCAUCAGCCCAUAUUGGGUCCCUCAAAGUCACCUUCCUCCACUCGGUUCCCACCAUGACACCCACACCAGCCACAUUCCCACAGAUCCCAGCCAGCUUAGAUACAUUCCCACAUGGAUGCACAAUCUCACUCUCCAGGACAAGUGAGCACUAGCCCUUCCUGGGAUAAGUGUGUGUGUGGGGGGGGGGCGGGGGACUGCCUCAACCUUCCCAGGCUUUUGCAUACCUGACUGACCUGGCCUCACUGCUGCUGUUUCUCUCCCUGACUGUAUCCCACAAGGAGGGAGGUUCAGGGCGAGUCCCCAGCAGCCAAGGCUGGAAGAGGAAGGGUUGGUGCCCAAAGCUUGGAUUUCCCAGGACCAAAGGCUUGGGUGGGAGAGACCAUGUGGGCUCAUCCUAGUCUCCUUGCCUCACCUUCCUGCUCUGAGCCAGGAGCUGACUCUGCCUCCCAGGACACAAGUCUCCAAAGUGCCUGUGAGGGCGGGCCUCCGCCCAGGCCCUCUGUGUCCCCUGCCCUGGGCCUCCAUGUGGACACUUGCCUGUCCAUCUGGCCAGACAACUCAGCAGUUCUGGCUAUGGCUGGAUGGACCCACAACCCAGCAGCCCAUCCUGAUGCCCCAGGCUCUGGGAGCAAAGAUUUGAGAGACAAGAGCAAGUAACAGUGAAGGGGUGGGGAUAUCACGGGCCCCAGUUCUAGACACCCUCCUUUUCUGUUACCCUUGAAAGUGGAGCCAUUGCUUAGGUAUUUUGAGGUCAUCAUUCUCCUUUUGGAAAGGAAGUACUUGGAGGGGGGGCUCUGCACCAAACGGGUGGGGUAUAGGUUGUGACUGGCUGACAGCUUCCUCCUCUCACCACCCAAGUUCAAGUCAGGCACCCACCCAGUUUAUUUCUGUUCCUUUUUCAAGACUCCCCAGCAGCAGACUUGGUAGGGCGAGGGGUGGCAUCUGAGUAGUGGAGGCAGCCACCACAGCCUGCCUCUCCAAGGGUCCUACUUCCCGGCUGAACUCUGUCUUCCAGACCCUAAGACUCCCUUGGCAGGGCCCAGAGUUUUGUAAGAAAGCCAGUUGGCCCAGCCUUUGAGGUGGGGAGGAGGAAUGCUGGGACUGUGAGACCUGGAGGAGGCAGCUUGGCUGCGGUCUUCCCUGAAACAGAUGAGCUUAGCAGGGGGAGCAGUGACAAACUCGCGUCUCAGCCCCUCCACCCUGGUGGGCUGCUGUCCUGGGGACGGGAGCUCUGGUGAGAAGGCCUGGGCAGGCCAAGGCUGAGGAACCAGGCAGCCAGGAAGAGGCAGAGUGCUCUGAAUGCCAGGCCCCUGGGGGCUACAGGCUUGUGGGCAGUUGACCUAGCCGUGGGUGCAAUUUCUGCAUUGGGCUAGAGCCCACAUCUUACAUCUUGGUGGAGAUGCCUCUGGAUUCAGGGGUGUGGGCUCAGCCUCCUGGCCCUGGCCCCUCUUCUCUGUGUCCUCAGCACUUGAGAGACUAGGCUGAAGGUCUUGUGCAUGGAGACCUGGCCCUAAGGUCAAUGCCCAGGUGUUAUGCCCAUGCAGUUUAUCAGUCCGAACAGCCCAGAUCUUACCUGAUGGGGGCAGGACAAUUCAAGAGAGCCCUGUUGAAAGGCUGAACUGGAGCUCUUAUAGUGCAAUGUGGGUGCAGGGCCCCCACCCUACCCCGGGAAUAGUGCGGUACGUGUAGGGCCUGCCUGAACGGGGCUCACAGGCACCCAAGUGCUCCUUGGAGGGUGUCCUGGGGUGCCGGCAUUUCCUGGAAGCACAGUGCAUGCCAAAUGAGAGGGAGCAGUGUGUCUAGGAACUCUCUAGACCUAGGCUUCCCAGAGAGCCCAAGGCAGGCUAGGGCAGAGAGCUGGGGGGACGGGGGGAGGGCAGGUUUUGUCUCUCCAAGAGGACCACACUGGGGAUUUCACCUGAAAAGCUGGUCCUCCUUGAUCACCGGAGGCAUGUGAAUGGCAGUCAAGGCUGGCUGGGCAGAUCUGCAGCAGGGGUUUGGGUGCUGGGGUCUGACUUCCUGGGAUUGGCACAGUGGCCCAUCAGGCCUCCAGCCUGGGGCUCCCAGCCACAGGGAGUGGAGUCAGCUUUGCCACCAGGGUAGAAGUGACUGUCUUGGCUGUCCUGACAUUCCUCAAGACCUGCUCCCAAAGCCUGCUGUCUGUAAAUAGAAGCCCACACUGUACAGAUACAGAGGUAACUACCCGAGGGCCCCCCUCAGGCGCCCACCCAGUGCCUCCGUGCGCUUGGGCCCAGCGUGGUGAAUGCAUGUAAAUACUUGUUGUAGACAGUGUGGCUCCAGAGAGCCCCCUGAAGACAGUGUCCCCCUCUGGUGCGUCUUCUCUCCUGUACAGAGCCCUCCCAGCUCCCAGACCCCUCUCCAGUCCCUCUCUGCCCUUUCUUUCCCCAUAACCUGUUUAUUAACCAACCCUGUCCUGAGUUCAUGGCCAAAACUUAAACUACGAAGCAGAGGAGAGACAAUGGACCAAGGUACCAGGGCCCAGCCCACCCCACCGUGGGUGCCCACCUGUCCUCGCCUUGGGAAGGACUUGGCUUGCUUUCGUUUCUGUUUUCUGUUUGUUUUGUUUUGUUUUGUUUUUAUUUUUAUUUUUAACAUUUCCUGUGCUGUGCCCAUUUAUAAGAGGAAAUAAAAUUAAGCUGAAAUGA